CAGCGUUUGGUGCCGAGUGAGUUUCGUCGGCGGUGACUGCGCGGCGUGGGCAUGACUGGCCUGGUGAGGUCAGGGCCUUAGUCCCAUUUUGCACACUGAGACACCGAGGAGCAGUUUCCGUGGCCAGGGUUCUCGUGUCCAGCCUGAGUUCCAGCCUCGCUGAGCAGACCGCCCUACGAGCUUCCUCCCGCGGAAACCUCCCCAGGCGCUGACCAUGUCUAUUAUGGACCACAGCCCCACCACGGGCGUGGUCACGGUCAUUGUCAUCCUCAUCGCCAUCGCUGCCCUGGGGGCCUUGAUCCUGGGCUGCUGGUGCUACCUGCGGCUGCAGCGCAUCAGCCAGUCGGAAGACGAGGAGAGCAUUGUGGGGGAUGGCGAGACCAAGGAGCCCUUCCUGCUGGUGCAGUACUCCGCCAAGGGACCGUGCGUGGAGAGGAAGGCCAAGCUGACCCCGAACGGCCCAGAAGUCCACGGCUGAGCUGGCAUGCGGAGGCCCCGAGGCCUGUUUGCAGCCAGCUGAGAGGCAUGAGAGGGGCGAAACCACAGACGUGCUGCUAAGGAAGGCUUGACACCUGCCGGCAUGGCCUCGCUGGGCUUCAUCACCGCAUGCACUGACUCCCGAGGUCCUGGCUGUCCUUAGCCAGGAUGCAGCGGCCCUGGGCAUCCCCUUGGCCUCCUGGUGGGACUGCCCAUUGCAGGCAGUGGGCAGGCCCGACCUUGCCGGGGCUCGCGACCCCACAGCGCUUUUUGUUACUUGAAUGUUUAGCUGAGCCCGUUUUUGAUGGAGCUACUACUGUAACGUGUGAACUCACAAACCUGUGAACUGUAAAUAGGCCCCAGAAGCAUGUGCUUAAGCCUUUUUUGCUGAUUUUUAAAAAUAUCGUGUAGAGCACAUGGGACUGACUGUAGUCAUGAUAAGCUGACUCAAGGCUAUGGGGGGGUGUCUUAGACAUGGAAGGCCCACACUGCACUUGGCAGGGGCCUCUAAUACAUAACGUGUGUGUGUGUGUGUGUGUGUGUGUGUGUGUGUGUGUCUGUGUGUGGGCAAAGGACGAGAUACAUCCGUUUUAUGUCUCGUGGCUGACCAGCUGGGGUGCUUUGGUGCUUUCUGCUUGGUUAGCAGUGGAUGGAAGAGCCACGCCCCCCUCGGUCACUAAAUACCCAGUUUCCUGUUGAGAGUGGAGUUAUUGCAAGGAAGCCACCACCGCUGCUUGAGAGCCGGUGAAGGACGAGCCAGGGCCCGCGUCCUGAGGGCUGCCCGGCAGCCUGGUGGCAGAGCACUUCGUUGAGCAUGCUCAGCACACCCCCACUGCUGUCCCCCCGCCCCCCAGCAUUACUUGGCAUAGGCUUCGCUGGAAACACCAGCGCCUGCGGCAGCUACCUUUAUCUGAAACCCAGCUGGCCCAGGAAAGAGGAAGUUAUGUUUUUUGUUUGUUGUAUUUAAUACUUUCUGCACUGGAGGGGUGGGGGGACUUUGAGGGUCCCCUCCUCCUCCUUUUCACACAUUAGUUUCUUCUCCAAGCACCACCCACCUGCUGGGUAUUGGACUUCACUUUCCCCAGUGGGCCACCAAGGAGUCUCCCGACGCUGCUCUAAGAGCCCCGAGUGCAUGAGCACCCAGGAGAGCCCCCCCCCGCCCAGUGACGAUGGCCUGACAGCCCAUCCCUAGUGAGCCCCGGGGGAGGGCACGGCGGGGAGAGUGACUUUUAGGUUCAGGAUGGGGUUUUCAUGAAGAUGAGGUGUUGAUGACUCUCGGGCCAACACCCCCACACGCUGCAUCUCAGGUGUCCCUUUUGUAUACGUUAAUCCCACCACCACCUAAGCACAUUCUCCACUAUCGUGAUUGAAAUGCGGCUUGUGUCGGCAUCCUUGGUAAUCAGCUGGAGGCCAGCCUGCGCUUACCCGCAGAGCACUGGUCAGGCUGACGGCGACUCCUGGCCUCACUCAAGUCUCUAUACCAUGUUGAAUUAAUCUACUUUCUGGAACUCCAAGGAGGGAGCUUAGGGAACACUUCAUUUUAGCAGCAUACCCUUCAAUUGGGGGUCAAACAUGAAGUAUUAGCUUGGGGGUUGGGAGAAGGGUAGCUCAUAGCAGUCUGAGCUGCUGGCAGGAAGGAGAUGCCCCAGGGGGCUACUGAGGAGCCCCUGCAAGGCAGCUGGGCUUUAGCACGGGAGAGACAUCCCUGGCCCCUAACAGGGGGAUGGCCCAGCCUGAGAGGCCAGAGCCCCUCAGAGGCCAGAGCCCCUCAGAGGCCACGUGGGCCUGAGGGGGCCAGCACUUUCAAAGGCGCCCCAUGGAACAUCAGGGAGAAGGCUGGCUUUCUGAUGAAGGACCCUUGAGACCAGUGUGAAGGGUGUAGGGGUGUCUGAUCCAUUCUGCUCACCUCUCAGAACUUCCAGGCUUUCUACCUCUACUUUCCACAGCCAGCAGCACACACCCAGGCUGUCUUCUCCUGGGGAACCAGGGACCGCCCCCCGCCCCCGGAGCUGACCCUGAACUUGAUCCCUUGACUGUCAGACUCGCCCUGAGGUUUUAACCGGUGCUGGUGAAGUUUUGAAAUGACGAACCUUCACUUUCUCCUGGGUUUCGCUCCUGGAGGUUCCUCAUCCCACCUACGCCCCGGUUGCCAGGGGCAAUGUCUUUGCAGUGGCAGUGCCAGGUCAGGGUGGCAGGCACGGGGUCUCUGCGAGGCAAGUGGGAGUGCCUGGAGAGGCAGUGAACCACCACAUAAUAGCGCUCACUGUUCCUAUUUAUCAAUAGCUACUUUUCUUUAGCGUAGACGCCAGAGCCACAGACUCACAUGGCUUAGUUAAGUUAUGACCUCUCGUUGAAUUCUUUCUGAAUAGCCCAACUGUUGUGUUCUGGUCUUCUGAUGGGUCAGUCAGGAAAUCAGCCUUUCAUCCUGCAUGGCAUCACAGAAGCAACAGUCGGGGAAUGGGGAGGGAACUCUUGGACACUGAGCCACUCAAAUACGGACUAACUUUUCAGACAAAUGUUCAAAUGGACUGUGCUCCUGUUUCUGUCUCAAAGCUACCAAGUUUGUGCAAUAAGUGGAAGGGAUGUCAUCCCUGUUCAAUAAACGCUGAAUGACAUUCAACUUGAUUUUCUAGACCACUGAGAAAAUCUUUAUUUACAAUAAAUUUCAAUAAAAUUUGCAUAAAUAUA